UUUCGGCAAAAAUUCGUACUCUAAGUGAAUUUCACAGUCGUAUAGCAUGCAAUCAGCAACCACCAAGUGCUGCGGAAAUAUUAACAACAUUGCGGUAUUUUCAUCAAACAUUAAUAGGAUUUCUUAAAGAAAUGCCACCGAUACCGACAAGUGCCUUUGAGCGUUUCUGUCCAACAUUAAAUCGAAUAACAUUAUAUCCAAAUUUGAAUUAUUCAGGACUUUAUUAUGGAAUAAUAAAUUUGUUAGAUGUUUUCCAACAAAUUUCUGCUUCACAUCUUGCUAUCGGUGAUGCUAUUCUUGAUACAAUCAAAGCGUUAUAUUUUUUCCUACAACGUGAUGUUCUCGAGCAAUUACCAUAUUUUCUAGCUGCUCAACUUGGUAUUUUACCACCUGAACUUGAUAAAAAACUUGUACAUCUAAUUAGCACCUGUUUCAUUCCAUUUAUUCUGAUACCGAAACAAGAAUGCCUUUCAGUACCAGCUGUUCUUAUGACGAUACUUCAGCAUUCUACCGAUUUCAGUCUUCAUACACUUUUUGUCGAAAAUCUUUUGGCACAAAAAGAAAACGUUUAUAAGGAUAUGAUAUUGGUGUUAUCGAAAGGUACAAGUGAGGCACGUAUUGCUGCUGCAAAUUUAUUAUUUCAUUAUUGGCCUAUUUAUAAUAGGCAUAUAUUACAUCGUAAAUCAAUACAAUAUCGUAUUCAGGCUUGGACAUGUGUACCGUGUCAGAAUAGCAAUUGUGUGGAUAAAGAGCCAAGUGUUCGAUGCUGUUUUAAUCCAUUAAUAUCGAUAAAAUACGGUGAAACAGCUCCACCGAUAUCAUUAUGCAAAAAAUGUGCGGAAAUAGUUGAAUGUGAUGAUAAGAUAGCAACGAUACCAAUUUGUAUGCCAAUGUCUGCAUCAAGUAAUGUUGUUUGCCAAAAUAAGGGUUGUGAAUCAUCAAAACGUUUUGCUGUAGGAAUAUGUUUUUCUGAAGAUUGCAUUCGAUCACAUCAAUAUGUUCCAUUAAGACUUUGUCAGGAAUGUUUUAUCGCGUUACAUAACGAUAAUACUAAGGAACAUUUCAAACAUUGUAGUAUAGAAUGUGGUUGGGGAACAGAUAUUGAACGUGAUAUUGUCGAAGCGAUUGUUAAACUUUUGAAAGAAACUUCCGCUAAUUUAGAAGGAUCGGAUACUGAGAGUAAAAGACCAAAAUGGUUACGACAAUUAGAAGCUGGUCAUACGCUUGGUCGUGAGAUCGAUAAAAUGACCGAUGAACGACGAACAUUAAGCCGUUUUGGUAUUUGGCUUCUUGCAAUAAUUUGUCCACCAAUACCAGAAGCUAGACCAGAAGCGAUCGCUUAUAUGAUGUCAAUGUUGUUGCAAUGGUUUGCAACAACCGCUUUAUUACCAAAUGAUUCAAUUGGUGCUGCAUUGGAGCAACUUAAAACUGAUGUAUAUAUUAGUUGGAUAACUUUUUUUAUCACUUAUAUCAAUUCAUUCUUAUCAUUUGAAUUAUUUAACAUUUCAUUCAAUAUAUACAUAUAUAUAUGUAUAUAUUGUAUAUUUUAUAUACCUUGCCUUCACCUGAGCACUUGGAACAAACCAUCGAUUCCGUGA